AUAUCCGAAGUUUUAUUUCAGGUCACGGUAUUAUGGUCGUUGCUUCAUAAUUCAACAAUUAAUUGAAGUAUCCCUGAUGGCGAGUAGCAAUAAACUAUACAUCUCACAAAGAGGCGGAAGUUGCAAAAAUCUUGGCAAGUGCAAAUAACAAUGACAGAUUGUCUAUGGAGCAGGAUCUGAUCUUGGUAAUCGGAAUUAAUCGAGGACCGUCCCCACGUAAACGACACUACAAGUUUGUAUGUAUACACCAAUCAAUGAGCCAUAGCAAGUGAAAACAGAAAUUUGAAGCAGUAGCUUAUGCAAAUUACCAGCUGACUAGAGAGGAUGUCACAGCAAUUAUCUGUAUGUAGGAAAGGCGAUGAAAAACACAUCUAAUAAAGACAAGUCAAUUAAGGCGAAUGACAAUGGAAGGACAAAAUGUAUCAACAGUGCUAAGUCCAAAGAAUCAUUCAGAAUCAUCUUCUAACUACCCAGAGUUACACAGGGACAUUUUCUUUUGGCAGGUGCCUCAGUUGAUAUUGGUGACGUCACUUUUCCUGUUUAUCGUCGUCGGGAAUGGAUGUGUGCUGUUGGCGCUGCUUUAUUCUGAAAAUGGCCGGAAAACGCGGAUGAAUUUCUUCAUAAUGCAUUUAGCGAUUUCUGAUCUUCUUGUUGGAAUGAUUUUGGUCAGUCAAGACAUUAAAGAAAAGGCGAUGAUAGACUUUGAGGGUGGAUCAUUUCUGUGUAAAUUUCUACAAUACAUCAAGAUUGUGAUAUUGUACGCUUCUACAUACGUCCUGGUUUCUCUAAGCAUUGACAGACUUGAUGCCGUAGCGAGGCCAAUGAGGUUCUCCAGAAGGGAGUUUCGAGCCCGAGUUCUCAUUUCUGUGGCAUGGGUGCUUGCAUUUUUGUUCUCACUACCGACAUUGGUUUUGUUUGAUGUCACAGAACGGAAUGUUACAUACAAAGGGAAAAACGUCACUUUGUGUGAACCUACAUUUCAUCAUGAAUAUCAGUCAAAGGUUUAUGUUACUCUCAUUGCCUUUGCUGCAUUUAUUAUUCCCGCCAUAAUCAUCACCUUCUGCUAUUGCGUCAUUAUUAUCGUCAUCUGCCGGAGCGACACCGAGGUUCAAGGAGAUCGCUGUAGCUGGACGUUCCAGCGCCAGGAGAGUUUACUUAGUAACGUCACAACGGGGUCUUGUCGCAGUAACCCUUCUUGUGGGAGAAAUCAUAUAAUAGAAAGAGCCAAGAUCAGAACAGUCAAAAUGACGUUCUUCAUUGUCUUAGCCUUUAUUUUAUGCUGGAGUCCCUAUUUCGGAUUUAUGCUCUUUCAUGUAUAUGAAAUGGGUAGUCCAGACACAGAUACGUUAAAGGCUUUAACAGCAUUCGUUCACAGUCUUGCUCCACUCAACUCAGCAGUGAAUCCGAUAAUUUAUGGAGUUUUUAGCACUAGAAUAUGUCAAAAUUUAAGACGUGUUCCAUGUUUAAGACAUUUUGUGUGUUGUGGACAACGUCCUAGACGCUUUGGAAGUAGAAUGUCAAACACAUCAUUAGUAGAGGGAUAUUUUCUUAAUGACAUCUCUUCGCUGAGACGCCGACAAUUGUCGGGUUCAAAGUGGAAUUCCGAUUUCGAUCACCGGAAAUUCUCCAAGAGAGCUAGUAAGCCGUUACUUCGUAGAGAAUCUUCAUCCCUCAUGUGUGGACAACAAAAACCAGAAAGUCCCACUUCUGACGGAAUAGAAAGCACGUCGCCGUUUAGAAUAAGGAAAACCGAUAAAGAAUUAAAUAGGAAAACCGUAAGGAGUGUUCCACUUAUACAACGUGGACUAUCUGAAGAGGACAGUGAAAUCCUUCGGUCUUAUACAUCAGCUAAAGCAGAGGCAGGCAUCCAGUGAUGAAGGAGAAGAUUAGAACAGGCUUUUUUCAAAUUUGU